AUCUUUCUCUCUCCAUCUCUCCACUACUUUCUCUCUCCAUCUCUUCACUACUCUCUCCCAGUUCUGUGAUGAUGACUGUUCUGGAACGCCUGCGCUCUCCACGGCUCACCUUCUUCCUAACGUUGAUGUCGUUGCUGCUGGGCACCAUGGCCGUAUUCUCCCCCUUCUGGUGCGAGGGCUCCCAGAAGGUGCCCAAGCCCCUCUGCUCUCCUGUCAAGAAGCUCCGCUGCAUCCAGGUGGAGGACCUGUCCAACGGCUCCACUGAAGACACGUUCUCCUGGGAGACGGGUGACGACCGCUUCGCCUUCCCCACCUUCCACUCGGGCCUGUGGAUAGCCUGCCAGGAGAACAUCCUCAAGGAUGCCUGGGAGGAGAAGUGCCGCAGUUUAAUGGCUAUCACCCCGGGAUCUGAGAGAGGAAUCCUCUGGCUGUCUGUGACCAUGGAGAUCAUGUACAUAGGCCUGCUGUUUAUCAGCUUCAUGCUGCUGCUGCUACAGUUGUGUCUGUCUGCCUGGUUCCCUGCUGCAGAGCGCUGGGGCCAGCUGGUCAAUGCCUACUCUGCACUUUUCACUACACUGGCGGGGCUGCUUGGUAUGGUGGCUCACAUGAUGUUUAUGCAGGUUUUCCAAGUCACUAUUUCCAUUGGGCCAGAGGACUUGAGACCACACCAUUAUGGCUAUUCCUGGGCCUUCUACAUGGCCUGGGUUGCCUUCUUAUUCUGCAUGUCCUCGGGCAUCUCCACGCUCAACAACUACACCAAGAAGGUCGUGAUGAACCGGCACAAGCACAAGUCUCAGGGUUACCCAUGCCGCAACUUCACCUUCCCCCCACAGCCGCCCACCACCCACUACAGCCUCCCUCCCCCUCCUCCCUCAGUCCCCCCUCCUUCGCCUCCCUCCCCACCCCUGUCUCCCCUCUCCCCGUACUACAACACCUCGUUUGGGGACGCCCCGUCUCCUCCCCUGCCUGAGCAGCAGGAGCUGCAGGAACUGCAGGAGCAGCAGCAGCAGCGGGAGCAUCAGCGGGAGCGGCAGCGGCAGCUACUGCAGCAUCAAGCCUCCAUGCCUCCGCCGCACCCCUCGCAGCAAGCUACCUUCUGCCCUUACUACUCCAACGCUGCCCCUUCCCUCUCCAUCUCGCCGACCAUGUCAGGCCACAGUUACACACUGCAAUACUCAGAGGAGGAGUACAGCCCACUCUGA